AUGGCGCAACCGGUCGUGGAGGAGGGCAAGCUCCUCAGCGAGGCGCUCAACACCGUGAAGAUUCAAGUUCAGCAGAUGAAGCGGCAUCUGGAACUGGAUCAGCUCAUGGAUGCUCUGAAAAGCGCGAGUCUGAUGCUGGCCGAACUAAGGACAUCCUCGCUUUCCCCCAAACAGUACUACGAACUCUACAUGGCUGUAUUCGAUGCACUGCGACACCUCACAAAUUACCUCUACGAUGCCCAUACACAAGGAAAGCACCACCUUGCGGACCUAUAUGAGCUUGUCCAAUACGCUGGCAAUAUCGUGCCGCGGUUAUACCUCAUGAUCACCGUCGGUGCCGUCUAUAUGUCAAUACCUGAAGCUCCCGUGAAGGAGAUCAUGAAGGAUAUGAUGGAAAUGUCGCGCGGUGUCUUGCACCCAAUACGCGGACUAUUCCUGAGGCACUAUCUGAGCGGACAGACGAGGGACCACUUGCCUGUGGGGGUCGAUCCUGGUCCCACUGGAUGCCUGCAAGAUUCUACAUCCUUCGUUCUCACCAAUUUCAUUGAAAUGAACAAGCUCUGGGUACGGUUGCAACACCAGGGGCACUCUCGCGACCGCGAAAAGCGCGAAAUGGAACGUAGGGAAUUGAGGAUACUGGUCGGCACAAAUCUCGUCCGCUUGAGUCAGCUUGAUGGCGUCGACUUGGACUUGUACCAGAAGAUAAUAUUGCCCAGCGUGCUGGAGCAGAUUGUCAGCUGCAAGGACGUCAUAGCCCAAGAAUAUCUAAUGGAGGUUGUUAUCCAGGUAUUCACGGAUGAGUUCCAUUUGCAUACAUUGGGGCCCUUCCUAUCCGCCACGGCUCAACUCCACCCCAAAGUCAACAUUAAGCAGAUAGUGAUAGCUCUGAUCGACAGACUAGCGGCGUACGCAGCUCGCGAGGCCGAAAACGAGGAUCCAGAGGAGACCAAGAGGCAAGAAGAAGCAGCGGCCAAGCGUUUGGCUGAGAAAGUUGAAUUGCAGAAAGCCAACAGGCAUCGUGAAAGUACGGAUAGCCAGAUAGCCUCGUCGACGAUAACUACCGAAUCUAGCCCUUGGGACGCAGUCUCACCUCCGCAGACUCCUUCCACCGCCGUUGAGCACGAGAAACCAGAGGCGAACGGAGCGAACGGUGUCGUGUCUACAGAGAAGGUGGAGGAGAAGGGUAAAUCUGUUGAGGGUGUCCCUGUUCGCAAAUUCAGGGGAAUUCCGGAGGACGUUAGGCUAUUCGAGGUCUUUUGGAAGCAAGUCGUUGAGUUGAUCAAGGCUCGGCCUGAUCUAUCCAUCCAGGACAUAACUGCCCUCCUCGUUUCGCUCACUAAUCUAUCCCUUAGUUGUUAUCCAGACCGGCUGGAAUACGUUGACCAGGUGCUAGGCUUUACGGCUGAAAAGAUAAAGGAAUUCAAAGAGAGCCCAGACUUGAACACCCAGCAGACCACCUCCAACCUCGCCGCCCUCCUCGUUGCCCCAAUCAAUUCCUAUCAAUCCAUCCUCACCCUACUAGCCAUCCCAAAUUAUGUCCCCCUACUGUCGCAGCAACUUUUCUUCACCCGCCGUUCUAUCGCACACUCAGUUAUCUCCUCUGUGUUGAAGAACGAGACUAUCAUUGAGACACCGGAAGACUGCGACGGUGUUCUUGAGCUGUGUCACGUUCUCAUCAAAGAUCAAACCGAUUCAGCAAAUCCCAAUGCCCAAGCUAACCGGGAAGAGAUGGCUGAGGAGCAAGGAUGGGUUGCUCGGAUGGUGCAUUUAUUCCGUGCAGAGUCAUUGGACGUACAAUUCCAGCUCUUGCAAGUUGCACGACGGCAUUUCGAAGCCGGCGGCGAGAGGAUGCGGUUUACCUUCCCCGCGCUUAUAACAUCUGCGAUUAGGAUCUGCCGACGCUACAAGCUCGUCCAACAUGCAGAGGAUGAUUGGCGGACGAAAGUCGCCAAUAUUCUGAAAUUCGUCCGCCAGCUUACGUCGAUUCUGGCCACUCAGGUGGAAGCCCCUACCAUCGCCCUGCGGCUGUUCCUUCUAGCCGCGCAAAUAUCUGAUGAAUGCGACUUCGAAGAUCUGACGUAUGAUCUAUACGUACAAGCCUUCAGCGUGUAUGAAGACUGCAUUUCGGAGUCCAGGGCACAACUGCAGGCGAUCACCCUUAUUAUUGGUACCUUGGCAGGGGCGAAGGUCUUCGGUGUGGAUAACUACGAUACCCUGGUGACCAAAGCUGCUUUGCACGGCGCGAAGUUGUUGAAGAAGAGUCAUCAAGCGACGGCGGUCGGCUUGGCCAGUCACCUUUGGUGGCAGGAGUCCGUGAUUGUUGCCGACGGCGAGUCUGCUGGGGCGAAAGAGACGACAACAGAGAAGCCGGCCGUGGACGGUGAUAGUGAAGAUGCGCCCAAGGCUUUCCCCCAUCAGGACAGCAAACGCGUUCUAGAGUGCCUGCAGAAGUCGCUACGUAUUGCCAAUUCUGCGAUUGAGGAGAUCGUUACGGUGCAACUUUACUGCGACACACUGGAUCAGUACCUCUACUAUCUAGACCACGGUGCUCCUGCGGUCGCGCCGAAAUUCGUCAACAGUUUGGUGGAGCUGAUCACGUCUAGUGUUGAUGCGAUUUCGUCACCCGAUGUUCACCCAUCACAGAGAGCACCCCCGGGGUUACUUGAAGGCGUGCAGACGCCUGAGAUGAUUACACGUCAUUUCAGAAAUACGCUGUUGCACAUCCAACGCCGGAAGAAGACUUCGAGUGAGGGUACUGCCGGCGGGCAUUGGGCAGAGGUUGAUGUCGUUGGAGCGUUGUUGAAGAUGGGAAUUCUACUCGACGAGCCUGGCUGCGAGGUCGUCUCUGCUUCUCCUCAAAACUGCUGGCCAUCGUUGCGCCCGUCCAUGGCUGUUCUCGCCCCUCCAGAUUGGACAUACACAACUAGAGAGAGCAAAAUGGAUGUCCCAAGUCAGCCAAAUCCUUCAGCUCAGCUCCCAAGGGCUUCGCCAAACGAUCACGGCUCAUCACCGAGCCCUUCGCAAGUCCAUCAACAGCAUCUAGGCCAGGCGCAGCAGCAGCAGCAAUACCCAUUCUCUGUUCAGCAGCAACCCCAGGGCAGCUGGACACCGUCGAUAACAGCACCCCCCUUUUACCCAUCUUUCUACCAAAAUCACCAGCAGCAGCCGCAACAAUUUGCUGCCCAUGGUCAAGGACAAGUCCCCCAACAGACACCUUUCUUUGACCCCAACGCGAACGCACAGUUAGCUCAGUGGGCUUAUCAGCAAAUGAUGUUUAACGCCCAGCAAGGCUUUCCCAUGAUACCUCCUCAGCAAUUUCCGUCUCAGCAACGAAUGAGCCCCGGCACCGGCCCCGUGAAUGAUUAUUACGCCCAAAAUCAGAUCUCUGGAUCAUUCUCGCCCUACACUAGUGGUACACCUCCCCCGCAUCGUAAUCAGGGCGACCAUCAUCAACCGCAGCAGAAUGUACCGCCGCAGCAAGUUGCCUUCCAUCCGUAUCGUCGGCCUAACCGACAAGCCUCGCACACCCCUGAUAAUGGCGAGUGGCGUCCAGGGGGGCCUUCUCAUCCACCGUAUAUUCGCGCUGACGCGUCAGGGUCCACUACAUCGGUGAAUUCGUCCAAUAGUCAACGUCAGAGGACGAAUAGUAUCCAGAGUGCGCAGAGUGGUCACAACUCGUCAGCAUCGAAUAGUGGUAGCGUUCGUAGUCGGAAUGGAUCCCCUGCUAUCCCCUCAGGUUCCGCUCGUAGUUCUCCGGCUCCCACCUCACCCCAAAGUACAUCGUCUGCUUCAUCUUCUAGAAUUCCUCCCCACAAUCGCAAACUAUCAUCAUCAUCAUCUACCUCCAAUGCCGCAUCUGUAAGAUCAACCAUUCAUUCUCCCUCCCUUCCCACUGCAUCCACUUCCUCGGUCACUAUCAAUUCGACAUCGACACCGAUGCCAAACCCACGGCCUGUUCGCCCCUCGCCAUUGUCUCAGGGCAACUUCACUCUCGCAGAGAAGCGCAUGUCAAGAGACGACAGUGAUCUCAAUCCCAUGCCCACCCCUGCGAUGAUGAGAAGCGGCGGUCUCAAGGGCCGCUUGAAGCGUGUCCUAUCGCUGAACGCCAGCGCAACAUUACGAGAGGAAAAGGCGGAAAGCGAGGAACCUUCGACGUCCGGCCCCAGUACUCCCAAGGCAUCGACUUCGACUGCAGCGACAGCAACGCCGAAAGGUCCCGAUGACGAUGCGGCAUCCACUGCGACUGUUCAGACCAAGAAGAAAGGGCGCGCCGCUUCGUUGUUCAACUUGCGCAACGCCAGCACGGACAAUAUAUCCCUUUCUUCGACAGUCAGCAGCGCCAGUGUCAUGAUUCGAAAGUUGGGAUCCAUGGGUAGGCUCGCUCGCCGCAACUCGCUUGCUGGUAUCACCUCGCUAUUCAAAGAUAAGGACAAGGACAAGGAUGGCGAAGGCAAGGACAAAAAGGGAAAGAAGAAGGACAAGAAGGCAGGUACGGCGAAGGGUGAGGCCAGCGAGGCCAGCGUUUCGCAUGUCACUGCUGAACUGGACAGGAUGGGCAACGAUUGGAAUGACGAAUUCACAGGCCUUAGUCCCGCAGCCGAGUUAGCUCGGAGACACACUCUCAAGAGCAACCAAGAAGCUGCUGCGAAGCUCAAAGCCCAGCAAGAGGCGGCAGCAGCGGCGGCAGCAGCUGCUCAAGCUGCCGCUGAUGAUACCGUUAAAAUCAACGGCGUCAACGGAAACGACGUAGGUGUCCCAACAUGGGACAAGAAUACCGCGACACGACAAGGCUCGCCAUCGCCCAUCAAAGCUCCAGGGAUGCGCGUCAAUGAAGAUGGAACGAGAGUUCUUAUUGAAGACGACGACGAAGAUCAGAGUGAGGAUGGUCACUUUGGGGUAUCCCAUACAGGUCCUACCUAUAAUGCUGAUGGAUGGGAUGAUGAUGACGACUGGGGUGAGGAAGAUGAGGACGUUACCAUUAGGAUGGACGUGAGUAGGUCGAGUAGAGAGGGUGAGGACGGUGAUGUGGAACCAUGGGCUGUAGACGUUCGUCGCAGCGUAGAGAGGAGCCGAAAACCAGCAAAGGGUAUUCUGAAAGGUGCUAAUAAUUUCGAUCAACACGCAUACUUGACCGAACAUCCUACUCCCAACCGACCUCGUUCCAACUCCUAUAACUCUUCCCAUACCGGACACGCGGAGUUGGGUCCCCUCGCUCGUAUCCCUUCACCCGAUCCUGAUCAUAUCGAUGGCCUUCAUCGUCACAAUUCUCACUCGUCUGCCCAUGGACCAGCCGCCGGCGCCUCUAUUCCAGCCCUGCCACCGCUCUCAUUCGAUGCGACAUCGACGCUCGGUAGCUUGAGUUUAGAAUCCCCCAAGGAGAUCACGUCGAGUCCCUCCCCUACGAGUGCCGCACACACUCAUAACAACAUGUUCAGCCAUCCCAAUCUAUCGGCUCCUACUCUAUCAGUGAUGCCUUCAGCUGCACCCACUUUGACGCAUCGUUCGGCUACGACGCCUGGCAAGCGACUUGCUUUCGCAAGCAACCUCGCUGUCUACGACACCUUCUCUGCCACUGUUUACGAUCGAAGAAGUGAGCCCGCUACUUGGAGCCGUCUUACCCCUGCGCUGGCGCAGAGGAUCAAGGAGGAGCUCAACUCUUACAAGAUGGAAGAGAUGGAAGUACAUGCUGCAAGCCGGAUUCAUACCCAGUUCUUUGUUUAA